AUGGACAUUGUCGACUUUGUGCUGCCACCACCAGCGAUCCCCGUGGACGAGAAGUUGACUCAAGUGGACACGCCCGUCCCAAAUGUGAGCGAGGAUGCGCCGACGUGGUCAAGCAACGCCCGGCUGCCCCAGCUGCGCAUCCGCACCUUUCGAAUGUCUCCGUAUCUCUCUCCGCAGAUGUCGCCAAAGACGCCUGAGAAGCAUCGCCGGCGCACUUCCCGGGCCCUCGAUGACACAGCCAUGACGCCGAUCACGCGAGCGCAGCUGCGCGAGGGAGCCACCGGGGUGGAGGAUGUCCUCAACCGCGUGAGGUACGAUCUUCUGGAGUGCACGGAGGCCGCUAGCUUCACAGUGCUUGUGGAGAAUUCGGAGCUGCCGGAUCUCUGUCGGCAUCACCUACUACGUGGGGAAUGCAGGUAUGGCCAGCACUGCCCCGCGCCUCAGACAGUGCGGUCGCAGAUCAUAGACGACAAUAUAUUGGAGCUGCAAGUAGGGGCGUUCUAA